ACUAACUGAAACAAGGAAUUUUUGUUAAAAUUAAAUCCACAGAAAAGUCAAUCUUCUGUGGUUAUCAUUUCACAGAGGAAAUAAACAAAAGGGGAUUUUAUUUAUUUUUCUCUAAAGGUUAAAAGGCAGACAUCCACUUUCAGAAAGACAUUAAGCGCUGCCAAGGACCCAGAGCACCUGCCCAGUGUGGCCUACAAAAGAGGGAAGGAAAGAGGAAAGUACCAUUAUCAUUAUCAGCUGUCAGCCUCUGCUUCCUACUGUGAACACAUGUAUGCUGAGAAGGUAGUGACGGAUGGAAAGAUGGGGAGCAGGGGGAUCUCUCUGACCUGCGUGCUGACCCCCUGGCGGCUGAUCGGGGUGUGUGUAACUGUCAUGAUCCUGGGAGCCAUUGGAGCUGCUGUUUGGGCCGUAGUCACAUAUUGCACAACAGAAGAGGAGACAGGGCUGUAUGAUGUUCAGGUGAACUCCUCUGACCAGCGUCUCAGAGUCUUUGACUCCGCCCAGAGGAGGUGGCGUCAGGUGUGUUCCUCUUCAGCCAAUGAACUCCUCGCUAGCAUCAGUUGUGAAGAAGUUGGUUUUGUCAGUGUGGUAAACUACUCGGUGGCUGCAGUGCCAGAGGGCAGCGGUGAUGUUGGAGAUUUCUUCUGUGUCAGACAGGAAGAACUCAGCUUUGGCAAAAAAAUCAAGGACUCAUUAUAUCCAUGUGACUGUGAGAGCAGGGAAGUUCUCACACUGCUGUGCCAAGACUGUGGCCGGCGCAGUUUUGCUGCAGACCGUAUAGUGGGGGGCGUGGAUGCACGUCAGGGCAGCUGGCCCUGGCAGGUCAGCUUGCAGUAUGAUGGCGUUCACCAGUGUGGAGGAUCCAUCAUCUCCAACCACUGGAUUAUUUCUGCAGCUCACUGCUUCCCAGAGCGUUAUCGUUUUGUCAAUCGGUGGCGUGUAUUGCUGGGCUCUAUCUACAACAAACCAGUCAACGCCAAUGUUGCAGAAGUGAAGACCAUAGUUUACCACAGCAGCUACCUGCCCUUUGUAGAUGCUAACAUUGAUGACAACAGCAGAGACAUCGCAGUCCUGGCUCUUGCUCAACCUCUCACUUUCAGCGAAAAUAUCCAGCCUGUCUGUCUGCCCACAUAUGGUCAAAGGCUAAUAGAUGGACAGGUUGGGACAGUAACAGGCUGGGGAAAUGUUGGCUACUAUGGGGCUCUGGCAGAUGUUCUCCAAGAAGCAAACGUCCCCAUCAUUAGUGAUGUUGUCUGUAACGGCCCUGAUUACUAUGAUAACCAAAUCACCACCAGCAUGUUCUGUGCUGGUUAUGAGAAAGGAGGCAUUGAUGCCUGUCAGGGAGACAGUGGGGGUCCUUUUGUUGCCACUGACUGUCUGUCAAAGACUAGUCGCUAUCGUUUAUUGGGAGUGGUGAGCUGGGGAACGGGCUGUGCCAUGGCCAAAAAACCUGGUGUCUACACCAGAGUGUCACGAUUUCUGCCAUGGAUAUCUACAGCCAUGAGGAACUAUCACAACAUUCCGGGUGUUCACAAAAUGGCCCGAAUAUGAAGUUUUUGUCUGCUCAGCUUUCUAUUUAAUUGCAAUAUGAACAGUUUUGAUUAUUAUACUGUGACUUUGUGGCAGAUGGAUGUAAGGAUGUGAUCAAUCCUCUAUAUUUUGUUCUCACUAAAAUAUUUUACUGAGAAUUAAAAAAAAAGUCCUAUUAAAAGUGUAAAGAAAGACUCAUCAGAAAAAGACUGAAGGAACUUGGCCAAAUAGCUCCUAUUGAGUUACAAUGACAUAAUAAGGUCAAAGAGGAGAAGCUGAGUCUUUUUGUCUUGUAUUUUGCAGAAAUAGAAUUAUAUUAUUUUCUUCAGGUUUUGUUGUUGUUGAGAAAGCUAAAAAACACAAAAAUACAUCAUAAAUUAUAACAAUAUUUUUAUGUUUGAAGCAUAAACUUACCUGACAACGAUUCUUUAUUGAUCCUAGGUUAAUAAAAUGUAUCUUUUUGUGAUGUUUUUAUUAGUUUGCUUUAUAGAAUCCUAGUCUUCAGGGCCAGAUUUCCUACAGAUUUGACAAAUUCUAAGUAUAACUGGCACAGAAAGUUGCAGGAAAGGAAAAAUGUUAAGUAUUAGGAAUUAAGCAGUACAGAUUGAUUUGAUAAAAUGAAUAUUCCAAAGUCAAAACAGAUUACAUCAUUCGUGUGAAAUAGAGAACUUUUGUCAUUCAUUCUCAUCUUUUUAUGUACAUUAGUUUGUCUCAUGGAAACUUACAAUCUCAUUCAGUAAAAUCUUAUAAUGAUGACGGUUCCUCAUAUUCCAGUCAUUAGGUUGUAAAUAGUCAUAAUCAUUGAAACUUCAAACAUGUUACAAUCUUUAAAAGAUUAAGAUUCAAGUGCAGUUAAUGCUACAUGUUCUCAGCAGAUGCAGUUUCUUUGUUCUCUGUGUUACUUCACUGUUUUCAACCCAGAAUCCACGUUCCCGCGUUAACAAACAUCAUGUCAUGUGGAAAACUGAGGACACUUGUUUAACUGUCAGGAUAUAAACCUGCUACUUAACACAACCUUUACAGCCUUAAAAUGACUAAAUAUUUUAUCUAUUACUCCAACUUAUUUAUAAGAUAGUUAAAAACGAAUCCAGUCUUGUAGAAGUUAGUGACAUGAAUCUCCACUGAGCCAAACUGCCCAAGUGAACAUUUGGAUGCACAAGGAAACCUUUAAAUUUUAAAUUAUUUAAACUUAAAACAAAGAGCUUUAAUGACUGAUUAAAGGCUUUAAAACUUUGCUGCAUGGCAGCAAAACCAGAACUUAUUAACCAUCACUGUCAGUCUUGACAAUUGACCAAUCCUUUUCAAUUCACGGAAGUGUCACCCGUAUGAAAAUUGAUCAUUAAUAAUUGCGAUCUCUUUAUAUCUUUCUUAUAUAUCUUAUAUAUCUUUCAUAUAUUGGAGUAGAGCUGUGAAAGUAAAAGCUUAGAGCAAGAGUCCUGGGAUUUGGGCUGCUUUAACAUUUUGCACCAAGCUUUUUCCAACUAUAUGUGGUGAACAUGCGCUAGUAGAAAAAGAAACAGCAGAAUCCCCUCCCUGCUUGUCCAGUGUGAACACUAAGGGCUAAAAGCGUACUGAAGAACCUGCAUUAAACGCAUUCAUGAUCUUGCGUCACAUGUCCUGUGUGUCCUUAGCUUUGAAGGUGAUUACUGAAUUAAGUGGAUUUGAUCUUUCUUCCUUCGUCCCUUUAGGCUUGAAUGGUAAAAUUUUAGUCCUGACAGUGUACUUACUUUUUUCACAUGACUUAAAUAAACUAAGCUACUUGUAUAAUGAGUAAUAUAAAAUAUAAUAUUAACUGUACGGUCAUGUACAACAUGAUUAAAACAAAAUCUAAACAAUAAAAACACAAAUAUCAGCCAUUUUAUUAUGAUGAAAAACAAAUCUGUUUUUCUGUGUUUAUUAAAGUGGGUUCCUAAUUUCUGAAGUUUAGGUUGCAGUGUCAUCCUCUCAUGUCACCUCUUUUUUUUUACAUUUUUUUCUGUAAACAGUACAAUGGCUAAUCAGAACACAUAUUUUUAAAGUGUUUAGAAAUAAGAAGAAACCAAAGGCACAUCAUUUAAACAAAAUACUGCAGCUCUUGCUAUACGUUUUUGCUGUUGAAGUGAAUGCAACAAAGUUUUGAGUCUCUUGGCUAAAGAGAAUAAUGCAGUUUAAAUAUACAUUUAUAGUAGACAAAAAAGUAAAAGAAAAUGGUUGAUUUAUGUACAUUUUAUUUUCUUGCUGCUAGAUAGCAGAUCAGCCAAUGUAUGUUUGUAGCUAUUACAUGGACAUAGUAAAUAAACAAUGUAAACUGAAACUUGUUAAUAAAUAACAUUUUUUGACAA